AUGAGGCAGCGAAUCCUGCAAUUCGGCCUCCUAUGCGCCCUCUUUCUCUUUGUUGCGGCGUUUGACCCGCAGGAUCAUCAGAUCUUCAAACUGCGCGACGAGGUCACGUCCUCUGAAGGACCAGGCGUUACCUUCUACGAUGUCCUCGGUGUCUCGUCGUCCGCGAAUGGCGAUGAAAUCACGAAGGCCCUCAAAAAGAAGAGUCGAUCACUACACCCAGAUAAAGCUCGACAUUCCUGGCUGGCGAGCAGAUCGAUGCCGACUUCCAAAGGGUCCAAGGGCAAUAAGAAAAAGGGAACCAACGUGGUCCGGGGCCCGACGGAAAAGGAGAUUGCUCGGUUCAUGAAGCAGGCAACGGAGCGAUACAGUCGCCUAGCAGUCAUCAGUGACAUACUGAAGAACCCCGCUACGAGGACACGCUAUGAUCAUUAUUUGAGCCACGGCUUCCCUCGCUGGCGCGGGACAGGCUACUACUAUUCUCGAUACCGUCCCGGGCUGGGCACGGUCCUCCUCGGGCUGUUUCUCUCUGGUGGAGGCGCAGCUCACUACUUUGCAUUGGUCAUCACAUACCGAAACCGAGUCAAGCUCCUGGAAUCAUACCAGAAAUUUGCUAGGAGGGCCGCGUGGGGGGACGAAUCUGGAAUUGGCGGGAUUCCUGGGCUCGGAGCGCCAGCUGAAGUUCCUCCGACCACUGAAGAACCAGAUCCUCUGGCCAACCUGAAUAGAAGACAGCGGCGGGAGUAUGAGAGGCAAACGAAGAAAGACAAGACAGGAGCGAACAAAGCAGUUAAGCCAGCGCCUUCGGCCGCGGCAACUUCGACAGGCCAGAGACGCCGUGUGACUGCUGACAACGGCAAAGUGUUUGUUGUCGAUUCAGUCGGGGAUGUUUAUUUAGAGGAGGAGAACGAGGACGGCGACAUGGAAGAGUUCCUUCUCGACCCGGCUGAAAUACCAAAGCCCACGGUCUGGGAUACCGCUGUUGUACGACUACCUAUUUGGCUUUAUCGCAAGUGCGCCGACCCCUUUCUGAAAGACACCAAACCUAUACCUGAAUUCGAAGGUCUCGAAACGACCGAAGGCGAGGCAGGGCAAGACUCUAUGCCCAGCAUUGUGGUUCCAGACAAACCAGCUGGAACCGACAUGAGCUCAAGUCAGAUAUCCGAUUCUGGGUUUGAGAUAGUUGACUCGACGGGCAUCGAGAAGGAGUUAGAAAAGGCGGCCGACACCUCAGGCAUAAAGAAACGGAGCAAGAAGGGCAAAAAGUAA